GGAAAGGGGGAGUUCCUUGGCACACGCGUUGCCUCACACGCUCAUAUAUAUAUACACUUACUCUAAUGACAUCACCUGCACCUUGGAGUAAAUUCUAGAAAAACCUCACCACAACAACCAAGCUCAGGUAAAAUACGGGAAUUCGUCUAUUCACGUAGUUUGGCGCGUGUUUAUAAGGUGAAUUGUUAGAGGAAGACAUCUAUUUUCAUUCCAAGGCAUUUUGAACGAGUAAUUUCUGUUAUAGGCGGCCAUCUUUAUUGACUUUUUUGUGAAGUUCACAAUUGAACAGAAUUGGUGCAAUUGUUUGAAGAAUCGAAUGCGUGUAUGAGGUAACUUUACGCGUAGUGUGUACAAUUAUCCAUUUUAUUUUACUUGGAACGCUUUUGGCGCAGAAACAUGGAAACCAUUAAAUCGUUCUUUUUCAAACCUUCUCUUCAAGAACAAAAUAGAAAAUGGCAAAGCACGCUUCGAAAAGAGCAACGUGCGCUGGAUCGUCAGAACUACGCGUUAAAAACUAGUAAAGACAAGGCAGAACGCCAGAUAAAACUACUGGCGAGAAAAAACGAUGUUCACAAUGUUCGCGUGCUUGCUAAGGAGGUUGUCCGUUUGAAGCGUCAUCAACGACGCUUGGCGGAGUCUAAAGCUUUGUUAAACAGUUUGGGCUUACAGUUGAACGAGCAAAUGGCAAAUAUAAAGAUCCAAGGAGCCAUGCAGUCCAGUUCCAAAAUUAUGCACAGUGUUUCAUCACUAAGCCGGUUACCGCAACUGUCGUCGCUUAUGCAGUCUUUGUCUAUGGAGAUGACGAAAGCCGGUGUGUUGGAAGAAAUGGUGGAUGAUGUUUUAUCACCGGCUGCUGAUGAAGAAGACUUGCUUGAUGAGAUUGAUGAGGAAGAUGAAGAGGUACGGCAAAUUAUCGCUCAGUAUAUGCCUGAGGCUGUCAAGUCUGCUACUCCUUCUGUGAGUGUCACUCCUCAACAAGUGUCUGCUCCUGAACCCAUACUCGAUCUUCCCUCCAUUCCUAAACCUGUCGAAGAACCUGUCGCGAAAGACGAAUUACAGGAAAGUGAUAUACUGGAUAUUCGUGGUCGGUUGGAUGCACUCAAGUCAUAGCGGAACGUCGAAUGAGCGCAUGUACUUCACGUCUCGUCCAAUUCACUCGUUUUCCCCAACGCUUACAAACCUUCUCCUCAUAAUCUGCAUGCAACGGCUGCAAUUCUCGCUCAUUUAUCUCUUGGAAUACAACACCGAAGCGCAUAUCCUCCCAACCACUUUCUAAUACUAGAGCUCCGCUUUCCACUCUAUCGACCUGAGCCAGAUUCGCUUACUUAAGGUUAAAUUAGACGAGGGAUGAAAUCAUGUGUGACGUAAGAACCACCUAUCUUUGCCACGGCAAUUGUCACAGCAGUUAACCUCUCCCAAACCCGUUCUACGAGCCCUGUUACAGCCUACUAAACCUUCC